UUUUUUAUUAUUUAGAUGAUUUGCCAUUUCUGUGCUGCUGUUCUGUGUACCACAUCCUGGUGUAAACUCUGGAAACUCUUGGGCACCUGUCCGACCGUCUCACCGUGUCCUCGCCUCUUCUGUGCCCCCCUCUCUGCCAGCACUUCCUUCUCCGACACUUCCAUGCCCAUGGCUGCUCUAAAUUUGGGCCACAUAUACCCAUUUCAGAGAGGCUUUUUCUGUAAAGACAACAGCAUCCAGUACCCGUACCGUGACAGUACCGUCACCAGCACCAUGCUCACCGUGCUGGGGCUUGGGUUACCCAUUUCCUCUAUGGUCAUCGGAGAAGCCCUGUGUGUUUACUGUAACCUCUUGCACUCGAAUUCCUUCGUCAGGAAUAACUAUGUGGCCACCAUUUACAAGGCCGUGGGCACGUUCCUGUUUGGCGCGGCUGCCAGCCAGUCCCUGACCGACAUCGCCAAGUACUCCAUCGGCAGGCUGCGGCCGCACUUCCUGGACGUCUGCGACCCCGAUUGGUCAAAGAUCAACUGCAGCAGCGACGGUUACAUUGAAAACUACGUCUGCCGAGGGAACCCGCAGAAAGUGAAGGAGGGCAGGCUGUCCUUCUACUCGGGCCACUCCUCCUUCUCCAUGUACUGCAUGCUGUUCCUGGCGCUCUACCUUCAGGCCAGGAUGCGGGCGGACUGGGCGAGGCUCCUGCGGCCCACACUGCAGUUUGGCCUCGUGGCCACGUCCAUCUACGUGGGCCUUUCUCGCGUGUCCGACUACAAGCACCACUGGAGCGACGUGCUGACGGGGCUCAUCCAGGGGGCGCUGGUCGCAGUGCUGGUGGUGGUGUAUGUAUCAGAUUUCUUCAAGGAGAGAAAUUCUUUUAAGGAAAGAAAGGAGGAGGCUUCUCAUACAAACCUGCAUGAAACAGCCUCCGGCGAGAAUCACUUCCGGAACAAUCAGCCCUGAAGGCGCGAGGCCGAGGGGGAAGGAUGCUGCCCAGAGAGGAGGGCGGUCCCCGUGUGCACAGCCCGGGAGGGACUCUGCUGCUAUUCCCGACGCUCACUUCCCUGUGUGUACAUAGUUCCCUAACACGGCGGCUGUCUAAUAGCUCCAAGUCCACGAAGAAAUGUCAGCCUUUCGACAAUGCCUCACCUGUACAUUUUUAUUAAAAACGCAAUGCUUAUGUA